AUGCCUCCUCUCAGAUCUAUUCCCGCAGCCAAGCCCGUCAAGACGGAGCGUACUCAUGAGGAAAACCAGGAGAGAGCAUAUAUCGCUGCAUCUCGCCGCAGUGACCGUAGUCUCGAGGCCCGAGUCGAGUCUGCUCGUCGUGCUUCUGAGAUCCACAAGAGGCGCACAGGAAGAUCGCUUCGCGUAACUGAGCAAGACGUUAUCAACGAGGAGAUGUAUGAGGAGGAGGAUGACGACCUGCCCAUGCAAUACCGUCGUCUCACCGCCCAUCUUCAGACUUCGAAUGCCGACUUCGAUCGUAGACUGGCUGCAUACCUCACCAACCAUGUUGCCAUGCGUGCCGCACUCGGCCAAACCAUGGGCGACCAGUACAACCCUCAGCAAUACCCCAACGCUCCUCAAUUCGCCAACCAGCUCGGCCAAUUNCCCUCAGUCUUUCCCUAA